GCUGUCAGCUGUUUGCCUUUUUAUGUUUACUCCUAAUGCGCCAAUCCAAUCUCCGAGUGAUUCAUCUUCAGGAAAAACCACCACAACAGUAGUAGAAGUCAGAAAACUAAGUCUGAACUCGCACAAAAUUCCAAAAUGUUCAACAAUCUUUUCGGAAAGAAGCCCACCGUAAAGGAGCAACAGCGGGAGAACGAUCGAUCUCUGCGUAAGGCCACCAGGGACAUCGAACGAGAGCGCAGGAAAAUGGAGGAGGAGGAGCGCAAGCUGGAGCUAGAAAUCCGUCGCAAUGCCGCUGCUGGGAACAACGAUGCCUGCCGCAUCUUGGCCAAACAGCUAGUGGAGAUCAGGAAGCAGAAGUCGCGCACCUACGCAGCUGCCGGAAAAAUCCAGUCCAUUGGCUACCAAAACAAAAACAUGGGCGCCAAUAUUGCUCUAAGCGAAGCUAUGGGUACCACUGCCAAGACGAUGGGCGAAAUGAACAAGGUUAUGCGACCGGAGGCCAUUGGGGAAACCGUUCGCCAGUUCCAGGCGGCCAACAUGAAGAUGGAGAUGACGGACGAGAUGAUUAACGACACAUUGGACGAUAUGCUUAACGAAUCAGGCGACGAGGAGGAGUCCAAUGCCGUUGUCAACAAAGUUCUCGACGAGAUCGGCAUCGAAAUCUCCGGCAAGAUGUCCAGCAUCCCGGCCACGGGAACCUCAGACUUCGAAACAAGCGGCAAACGUACCGAAAAGGACAUUGCCGACCAGUUGGCCAAGCUGCGAUCCUCUUAGUCCUUUGACUUUUGCUAUUCUAUUUUGUAACUACUGUGAACACCGCUGUUAUCCAUAGGAUGUAAGGAAAUAUAUUUAUGUACACCGCUUA